GGAAAACAUGUCAGAUGUUACAGCUUGACCAUCCAGCAGAAGCCACAAGAUGAAGCUAAAAUGCUUUGUGUGAAAAUUCAAUAAACCGACAAUAAACCGAGGAGUAUUUCAUAUCCAAUAUCAUACGAAAUAUCACAAUAUGUUGUGGUCCGUUCAACUCUUUCUGCUUUUUGGCUCCAUAACUGUCACCAGUGGAAUCAGAUUGGUCAAUGGAGACUCUUGUUCUGGACGAGUGGAGGUUCUUCAUGACGGUCAGUGGGGAACCGUGUGUGAUGAUGACUGGGAUCUAACAGACGCUGCAGUGGUGUGUAGAGAGAUGGGCUGUGGGAACGCUAUAGAGGCAAAGAGUGCUGCUUAUUUUGGACAAGGAUCAGGACCAAUAUUGUUAGAUGAUGUAAAUUGCGCUGGCACUGAAUCCUCACUGAUGAACUGCAGGACAAAUGGAUGGGGCAUCAAUGACUGUGGACAUCAUGAAGAUGCUGGAGUCAUCUGCAACACUGUUCGGUUGGUGAAUGGCAUCAACUCUUGUUCUGGACGAGUGGAGGUUCUUCACAAUGGAAUAUGGGGAACAGUGUGUGAUGACGGCUGGGAUCUAACAGACGCUGCAGUGGUGUGUAGAGAGACGGGCUGUGGAGAUGUGAUCGAGGCCAAGAGUCAAGCUUAUUUUGGACCAGGAUCAGGACAGAUAUGGAUGGAUGAUGUACUAUGUACUGGAAAUGAAUUUACUCUGAAAAGCUGUUCUUCAAAUGCAUGGGGAAUACACAACUGUAACCAUCAAGAAGAUGCUGGAGUCAUCUGUCUGACUGUCAGGUUGGUGAAUGGAGAUGACAAGUGUUCUGGACGAGUGGAGGUUCUCCGUGGAGAUCAGUGGGGAACAGUGUGUGAUGAUGGCUGGGAUCUAACAGACGCUGCAGUGGUGUGUAGAGAACUGGGCUGUGGGAAGGUGAUCGAAGCUAAGAUUGAAGCUUUUUUUGGACAAGGAACGGGACCAAUGUGGAUGGAUGAUGUAAAUUGUGCUGGCACUGAAUCCUCACUGAUGAACUGCAGGACGAGCGGAAUAAAUGACUGCAGCCAUUUUGAAGAUGCUGGAGUCAUCUGCAGCUCUGUCAGGUUAGUGAAUGGCAAUGACAUUUGUUCUGGACGAGUGGAGGUUCUUCAUAAUGGAACAUGGGGAACCGUGUGUGAUGACGGCUGGGAUCUAACAGACGCUGCAGUGGUGUGUAGAGAGACGGGAUGUGGAGAUGCUACAGAGGCAAAGAGCGCUGCUUAUUUUGGACCAGGAUCAGGACAGAUAUGGAUGGAUGAUGUACAGUGUAUAGGAAAUGAAUCCAAACUGAAAAACUGUUCUUCAAACGGAUGGGGAAUAAACAACUGUAGCCAUCAACAAGAUGCUGGAGUCACUUGUAAAAAAAUCAGAAAAAAAACAGUCAUGAGGCUUCAAUUUAACAUUGAUCCAAAAACUGACCUAAAUAGUGAAAGAAAACAGAUGGAGACUUUGGAGAAGAUAAGAGAGGAAUUAAAAGAUUCUGGGACUUUUAUCCUGCGAUGGAAGACACAAUCUAAUGGAGAAGUGUUUCAGGAAUUUGGGAAAAAGAAUAAAAAUCCUUUAUAUUGUAAGAAAAACCUAUAAAGCCUUUGUUUGCUGCUAUAUAUUUGGAUUAAUGUGUGAUAGUAUUACACUGAUACAUAAAUAACUGAUUUCAUGUUUGACUACAAGUAAAUCUGACACUGCAAUUAAUUGUAUAAAGUGACUGAUUUAAGUACAAAACAUAUACAUUACCAUUUAAUAUUCAUAAGAGUGUGAACUGCAUUUUAUAUACUAAUCUAAAAAACUAAGAUGGUGACAAUGUUUUAUUAAAUUGCAUUUACUUCCUGUUGUUGCUGAUUAUAGUAAAAUGGUAAUAAAUGCAAAACUGAUGUAACGCAUUUGUUAAUGCAACCUGUCUCUGUCUGUGAAAACCCAUAGAUACGAAGCUGCAUAUCUAAUGCUAAUUUUCAAAGCUAUCAGUUUUCAAAAUGUUCAUAUUAAAAUCAUAACAUAAAGUCAUAACAUAAUAUUCUUCAGGUAAUGUUAUGAAAAUUCCGCUUUAUUAAUCAAAACCUUAAACUUGUGUGAAAAGGAAGAAAAGGUGUCAGAGUUUUCCUUCCUCUAUGUUCGUUUGGUUUGAAAACUGCAGUGAUACGCACUCAUCGGUACGCAUUCUGCAUCUUGCCAAAAAAGUAGUGCAAAAGAAAUGCAAGGUUGUCUAUUCCACCAGUGCAGCAGUCUCAGGUUUACUUACUGGCUCAAAUUACUCAUAUAACCACAUUGUUCAGCACAAUGAAACAUACAGUAUUGUCUUCAAAUGCUCAUUUAGCAUCUCCUUUGGCCCUAAACAUGGACCGACUCUUAGGAGUCCCUAAGCACUCCAGAGAACAUCCGGUCACUACACACGUGAUCACAGUAAGCCUGAAGAUGAUGUAUUCCUCAUUAAAGCAUCGCUUUGACAUGGACACCUGGACGCAAAGCCUCCCAUCUGCUGAAGAAGGACAAACCCUCGUAGUUAAGAUGCAAAAACUCCUAUCAGAAAGUGGCUUUAAAUUGAGGCAGUGGGCCAGUAACAACUCUGGUUGGGGAAUCCUGUAUCUAAUUUUAGUCAUCUUCUCACUCUGGCUCAAGCCAAAUUAAUUAAAGUGCAGAUGUGAUCACAUGGACUUGUCUUAAAUAUUGUCUUUAAUUCGGCUAAUUUACAAAGCUUCCGAUUCAACAUUACGGCCGUCUCCUCUUCCAGAACCUGAGUGUGUUUUUGCAGAACUGAUGGCUGGUCUU